AUGAGCAGCGGUCCAUUACAAGGCAAGAACAUGCGUUUGACAACAACCACGAAUGUGAACUACACUCUGAAUGCACAUAUACAGGUACGAGACGACGCGGAUGAAGAGGGAACAUACCAUGCUACAAACUUGGUACGAAUGACCAGUGAGCCAAGCCGAAGGAUGCUCCGAAGACGUGCGCGUACGCAGAAGUUGCCAGAUUCUGGCGACGGUCAGAGGGGCUCGUUCAAAGAGCCGGCACCCGUCCUUACUAAUGUCAGGAUGGGUUGCGACCGGGCAUGGUCGGAGAGCGUGGAAGUCUCCAAUGAGCAACAAACGCAUAGCGCACAAGCUAGAGAAAAGGCGGUAGUCCAAGUGUUCAUUUCCGUACACGCCGCCCUAGCGCGCCCUGGACACCGUGCCGACGGUACACAAUUGGUGUGCGUUAAGUUCGUGAGCCCGAGGGCAUCACAGGAGUUGAUGGCACCGCGGCGUCACCGAUUGCAUAGAAAUAACAACUCCGUGAAACGCCAGCGCAAGAUUGCAAUCGUGCUGCACCAAAUUUCACCCCGAUAUCAUGCGUUGGGCGCCGACGUCCUCGAUCUUGAGAAAGAGAAAGGCCCAAAGUGGCGGAGCGCGCACGUUGAGGCGGAGAAUAAGAUAGUCCCAGGGCUUCGUAUUCACGGUACAGAGCACUACGACCGCAAGGACGCUGUAGCGCGUUGCGCGGGUGCCGCAAGUUUCGUACCAAGCGCACCUGCGACACGUGCACCCUUCUUCGAGUCGUUUGACCAUCAAACCAACGCGCUCGCCGGAUUGCUCAGCACGUCCUGCACCAAAGUUGUAAGUCACGGCCUUUUGCAAGCCUCGGAAAGCACGAAGUUGACGGGUGCGGUGCGCGAAGCAGUUGUAGCGGAACAAGAACGGAGUGGGAGCGAGCGUCGCAGAGCCGUUGGAGCAUACAUCCCUUCGACGGUAUCCUCACAAUACAGCGAUAUGGCCAGCGAGCCAAACAAAUCGUCCAAUACGGGAGGACAGGAGCAUGUUCAGCCACAUCCACCCGUAGCAUAUCCCCAGCAGCAGUUCGCUGGCCACUAUCCUCCUCCUAGCCCCUAUGGCCCAUACUUUGCCUACGCUCCCCUCCCCGACGGUUCUCACGACCCGAACGCCCCCAAUGGCGCCCCGCCUCCGGGCCCAUACCUCAUGCCGUAUCCUCCCCCGCCUCCGGGCAUGAUAUAUGCCUAUGCCGCGCCGCCGCCACCACCAGGUUAUCCUCCGUACAUGCCCGGGGCGCAACCUCCGCAGAACACGCCUCGUCCCAAGCGUAAACAGGUUAAGAUGGCGUGCACCAACUGCGCCGGUGCGUGCAAGCGCUGUGACGAGUCGCGUCCCUGCGAGCGCUGCGUUAAGUAUGGUAUUGCGGAUACCUGCGUGGACGGUAUUAGGAAAGAACGGAAGAAAGGCAUCAAGCGCGGGCCAUACAAGCGCAAGAACCGUACACAGAGCGGCGAGCAGGCUACGACAGGUUUUUCGAGUCAGGCCAAUAGCGACGAUCAGGCUUCUCCUCCAGCGCCUUAUCCCGUUCCUCCAGAGAGUAACUACUGGCCCUACUACUACCCGCCCCCUCAUGGUUACGUGCAUCCUGGGCAUGACGCUCAUGCUCAUCCGGAAGGCACGCCCAACGGCGCAAGUCCGCACGUUCCUCAUCCCCCGUAUUAUCCAAUGCACCCGGUAUAUGCGCCAUACCAUCCUUACGCGCCUCCUGGCGCUGUACCGUAUGCCACCCCGCCUGUGCCGCCGCCCGCACUGAGUACCGUCGCGGCGCCCAACGGGAAGAACAACGACCACACUGGCGCAGCAAGCGAAGCGAAUGGCGAAGCUUCAGCGUCGAAGAAGAAGCGCUCCCGCACGAAGACCGGCGACGACGGCGGGGCGAAGGCCCGCAAGACCAAGUAUCUGUCUUCGGAUUCUCAGACUGACGGCGAUGCCGGACGUGGGAAGGACCUCCAUCUCGGCGGCCCGCCUGAGGGGGGGCCCGUCUUCAACGGGAUGGACAGCAGGGCUAUUGUGGCCGUUUAG